AUGAUUGCUGAGACUCACCUCACUUUUUAUGUCGUGCUGCAGCCUUGGCCUGUGGCGACGGCCUCGGCUCGCAGGUGCCACUCCAUCUACAAGGGCUUUGCUCAGUGUCUCUUGGCUCUGGGAGACAGUCUGACGGACAGCGCUCGCAAGGACGAAGACACACAUGAAAUCCACUCCAUCUGCCGGUCCUGGGAUGAGUUCCACGACUGUGCGAACGUGGCCAUGGCGGGGUGUCCGGACGAGGCGGCGGCCGUUUGGGAAUCUCUGCGCCAAGAGUCCAAGAAGAUGCAGUUCUCCGGAAACCUAUACGAGAUGUGUUCGCGACGUACCAGCCACUCUUCCUCCUCCUCCUCUUCAAGCUCCUCUAAAAAAAAGGAGAAUCUCAAUCAGGAGUCCCUACGAGCCAAUGCUGGGACCACGACAGCCCCCCUCCUGCUGCUGCUGCCAUCACUGCUGCUGUGGAUAUAG